AUGCUGCUUGACGUUUGCCUACCGAUUCUUUGCACCUACGUCACGCUCCAUUCUCGAUCGUCGCCGAGAGCGAGGCGUGAACGCGUUCUCCGAUAUAGAUCCGCGGCAGGGACGAUUAGUAUCGCGCGAGGGGCGAGGGAAACACAAGAGAAACGGGUAUCGGGGGUCGGUGUCACACUCACCCCAAACGGGUUAGACCGUCGCGAUGGAAGCCUCGUUGGCAGCGCGGACGACGUUCGUACUCGCGUCAGGAACGGCAGUAGUGGCAGUGGCGGAACUGGCGGCGGCACCCACGACGGCGGUGGUGGCGGCGGCGGCGACGGUGGCAACGGCGGCAACGGCGGCAGCGACGGUGGCGGCUACGGUGGCAGUUACGACGACGUCGACGACGCUGUUGUACGCGGUGGACGACGCGACGACGGCGGUGACGGCGGCAGCGACGGCGCCGCGACGAACAACGACAACGUUAGCGCGAACCGAUGA